UUCGCCGGAUGUAUAAAGCAAUCCACCCGACCCUCCUUCUUCUUCCCUUCUGUUGCUAGAGAGGAAUUACCAUGAGUUCUGAUAAAAAACUCAGUUGGGCAGAUAUGCUUUAUUAUCGAAACGUACGCUACCUUUUUGGGGCGCCAGUAUGGGAUGAAAUCCCAACCGACCCGGAUGUGUAUGACCCUGUUCUACAUGGCCCCCAUAUCUAUGAUGAUGGAUUUCUGGAUCUUUCCUAUUUGUUUGUUAAGAAAGGAGGUCAAAAGGAAAUCGCAACUUCUUCUUCUUCUUCUUCUUCUUUAGCCCGUAUGAAGUAUGAAGAUGAAUUUCGCGAUCUCGAUUUCGAUCUGGAUAUGUCCUGUCUGUCGGAUGAGGAAGAACAAGAACAGGGGAUCACUACUUCUUCUUCGGUAGCCCAGAUGGUGGAGGAGGAGGAGGAGCCUCCAGUUAAUAAUUCCCACGACGACAAGGAGAAGAAAACUCCUCCACCAUCGCGUUCCGCAAGGAAGUAUGAUGAUGAUGAUGAUGAUGUAUGCGCUAAGAAAAAGAGAAUCACCACUUCUACCCCGCUGCUCAAUAAUCAUGGAGUUGAGCUUAACAAAGGAGCGCUGGUGAAAGGUGGUAAUGUCGGAGAAGCUGCAAUGGAAGACUUGAGACAUACUGAUCGGGUAGUUUCUUAGGAAUUGGAUGGCAUCAUGGCAAUGUACUUUUUUAUUAAAUGUGUUCUCCCAAUUAUUAUGAAUCAUUUUUUAGUUUCAUUUUCAAUGAAAAAAAUACAAUAAGUGAAAUUUAGAAAAAUUAAAAUAGCUCGUAAUAGAGACC